UCAAUGUUAAUCUCAGAAAAUAUUUUCAUCGUCUAAUAAGCCAGUCUUGUGUCACUGGGGUCAACCUUGCGUCUUUUGUAAUCACUGCCGUCAACCUUUGAUCGUCUAAAUCCCUAAAUUAGUAACUCCCUUCAAUUUUCAAUUUUGUUGAUGAACCCUAGUUCCCAUCCAAUCCUUGUUUUCUCAAUUUUAUGCGUUUCAGAGCUGAUUCCAUAUUCUUAUUUAGCAUUACAAAAUCAAUUAUUUGAUCAAUAACCAUUCAUUUUUGGUCGAAAACUUGGGUACGCAAAAUUUCCAGAUUUCAACUAUGUUGUUUGAACUUGUGGAUUGGGAUCUUAUCUUCAGAAGCUAGGCUUAAUCUGAGAAAUUAAUUUAGGUUUUGUUUACCCACUGGAAAUGGGCAACAAUGUGAUUUGGACUGUAAUUCUAGUGUUUCUGCUCGUUGCCGAUGCUUCAGAUGCUGCCUUCUUGAGGAAUUUCCGGAACUUAGCCGCCUCUCCCCCAAAUGAAGAUCCCAAAAAACCGGGUUCUCCGAUUCCAAGUCCUGUUUUGCCCGGGAAGCAACCAAGCUUAGUUGGUGAAGAAGAGAAGGGUAAAGAGAAGAAGCAGAUUGGGCCUCCUCCAGCUACUAAAGCUGGAAAAGACAGCUCCAAUGAUAAGCAGGUGACGAGCACUACACAUACCCCACCUUUGACUCCACCACUUGAUUCUAAAGAACUUAGUAAUACUAAGGAAGCCGUGAAGGAGAAAGAGAAAGGGGAAGAGAAAAAGGAGGAGGAGAAAGAGAAAGGGGAAGAGAAAAAGGAGGAGGAGAAAGAGAAAGCAGAAGAGAAAGGGGAAGAGAAGGAGGAACAGAAAGAUAAAGAAAAAGAGAAAGGGGUGAGCAAACCCGUUGUACCUGUUGGAAGCGAUGAGAAUUGUGAUGGGGUAGAGAGAAGAUGCCAGGACUUGAAGUCGAUGUCUGCCUGCAUCAAGAGUUUUGACUACGAUUCCAAGGAUUUGGUCCUCCUUAUCCACAACAAAGGGGAUAGUGGCUUGAAAGUGGAUGUUACUGCAGUGUCUUCUGGGAGUAAGCAGAAGGUGAUUGAUGUCCUGAAGCAUCAGAGUAAACAGGUUAAAAUGUCAGUUGGUGAUGCUGGAAUUGAUGAGAUCACUCUAAAUGCCGGUAAUGGACAAUGUAUGCUGCAUCUAGGCGUUCCUGCAUCACAGGGGAAUUUCUUCAGAUCAAUACCAUCAUAUUCCAAGUUUGUGACUCCCAUAUACGGAGCCUACUUGAUGCUAGUGAUAACCUUAAUAGCUGGAGGGGUGUUCGCUUGUUGCUGCUGGUUCAGGAAAAGGAAAGGACAGCGUGAUACCCUAUACCAGGAACUAGAAAUGAGUAUGCCAGAAUCAGCUGUUGCUGCAGAAACAGCAGAAGGAUGGGAUGAGGUUUGGGAUGAUGAAUGGGAUGAAGAGAAUGCUGUUAGAUCACCUGGAGGCCAUAGAAUUUCUGCAAAUGGUUUGACAUCACGAAACGCAAAAAAGGAUGACUGGGAAGAUUGGGAUGAUUAGAAAUUUUUGGCAGCUUAAAAAUGUUGUUGUAAUGUGGGAGUUUGCAUAGUAAAAACAUGUAGGGGUACAAACCCUUUAUCAUAACACCUUAUUUACAUAUAUAGGGGGUUUAUAGUGAAAGCAGCUCGAGUUUUUUGACUUUUUUUUUUAUGGACAGAUUUUUGACAUUUUUGGCCCUAUGUAUAUGCAAAAGUUGAUUGAUUCUUAUAGUUAUACCAGUUUCUUA